CUUUCUAACUUAUGAUUUAUGGAAAGUUUAGUAUAUUCUUCACUUUGCCUUCUCUAGAGCAUACUUUUAUGUUCCUUCUUUUCUAGCUUUCUGCUUUUGAAAGUUAAACUAUUCACUUAUCAAGGAAGUUUUCACAAGCAUAUUUUCAUGCCUUUCUUUGAAUUAACUUGAUAUAAAUAGGGGAUAUAAGAGAAAAUAUCCACUUUAGCUUUGUAUCAUUUGAGAAUUGAUUUUUUCUCUUUCUUAGAGGAGAAUUAGCUUACAGUGAUUCUGUUUUCGUUCUCGUAAGCGGUUGAGAUUUUUGCUCUCGUCCUCGUUGGCGACAUUCGCUACAGUCCUCGUCUGCGACGUUCAUUUCAGUGCUCUCGCCUCUUUGUGUUGCUGCUUCACUGUGUUCGCCAUCUUUACUAAAAUUGUUGUUUGAGAGUACUAUGGCUACGACGUCUUUUCCUACUUGCAUUGCGGAAAAAUUAGAUGAUUCAAACUAUCUUCACUGGCGGCAAUUUGUUGAACCAGUGAUUAAAUCACCCUGGGAGGUACAAGAUCAAAUGGCUUCAAUCUACUCUUUCCUAGUUUGUUCUCUCUCUCGCGUUCUCGGAUGUACUCACUCCUAUGAAGUUUGGAAGAGAAUUCAUGAAUAUUUUAACCUUCAAACAAAGUCUCGUGCACAUCAGUUUCGGACUGCCACGCGUGCUGUCAAACUUGAAUCUAAGUCCGUGGAAGAUUAUUUACUUAAAAUCAAGAAUUAUGUUGAUGAACUUGCUGGUGUUGGCUUUCCAGUUCGUCAUGAUGAGCAUGUGGAUGCUAUUUCUGAAGGUCUUCCCUCCGAUUAUGCUUCUAUUGUUUCUGUUAUUAGAGAGCAACAAGAGGCCUCCUUCCAUUGCUGAGAUUGAAGCUCUUCUGUAUGGUCAUGAAACCAGGCUCCAUGGAUAUGAACAGGAAAAUCAGAACCUAGUAACACCUUCACUGAAUUUUACACACGGACCUUAUGCUAGAGGUACACAAAAAGGCAAUUCUCGUGGUUCUGCUCGUAGUGGCAGUGGUCCAGCCAGAGGCCGUGGCAAGUUUGCCAAAUUUGUCUUAAAUUCGGUCAUACGGCUAAAUUUUUCCACUUCAGGUCUGAUGUAUCCUAUCAACCUUACGAGACGUUGUCCUCUGUUGAUCCUGCCACUCAACAGUCUAUUCCUUAUUCUGCUGGCUCUUACAAGACCUCCAAUACUUGGGUGAAUCCAAAUGUUCAAUCCAAUACCAGUUCAUAGCCUAGUGUUAUGCUACUACAGUCCACCUCUCCAGAUAAAGGAAAGUCUUCCUGGAUACCUGAUUUAGGUGCAAGUUUUCAUGUGACUGGUGAAUCAUUGAAUAUAAAACAACAUCAACAAUUUGAUGGUCCGGAUAAAGUUUUCAUAGGAAAUGGUGCAGCUUUGAGAUGCAUCAAGUCGUUUACUUUGCCACUAUUAAAACUCGAUUGAGUUAGUCCCAACUAAAAUUCGUCUGAAUUCAGCCGAGUAUGCCUCGACCAAAAAUUUGCCGAAUUCGACUAAGUCGGCCACAUUUGUUCUAAUCGAAAUUAGGCCGAAUUGGCUUCGGAUGAAAAUCGACCAAAUUUAGCCGAGUCAACCUCGGUCAAAGUUUGGUCGAGUCACCAUCAACCAAACUAAACUAUAAGUUUAGAGAUUUUCAAAUAAGUAAAAAGUAUAAAACGUAAUAGUUUUAAGUUAAUGAGUAAUUAACUUAAGUACAAAUUUAGAGGUUCAGUUUUUAAUCUAAAUAGUUUAGUAUUUUUGGUAUAAUAUAGUAAAGUUAAUUGAUAGUUCAAUGUAGUUCAGCUAAUUUUGCCUAUCCUUGGUAGACUUGAUCCAAUUCAGGCAUAUUUAAACAGAGUAAUCCUUCUUUGUUAUUAACUCAUUCUGAGCCUACCUCUGUUAAACAGGCUCUUAAGGAUACUGAUUGGAAGGCUGCUAUGCAGCAUGAAUAUGAUGCCUUAAUGCCCCAUCAAACAUGGGACUUGGUUCCUUUACCUAUUAAUAGGAAGGCUGUUGAUUGUAAAUAGGUUUUUAAGGUCAAGUAAAAUGCUGAUGGCUCCACUAAUAAAUAUAAAGCCCGCCUAGUAGCCAAGGGGUUUCAUCAAAUGGCUGGUUUGAUUUUCCUGAAACAUUUUCACCAGUCAUCAAACCUGUUACUAUUUGCACAAUUUUAAUUGUUGCUCUUUCUUUUGGGUGGCAAUUGUUUCAACUGGACGUGAAUAAUGCCUUUUUGAAUGGUAUUUUGGAAGGAACUCUAUAUGCAGCAACCUCCUAGUUUUGAGGUGGCUGACAAGUCUAUUGUCUGCAAGUUAAAUAAGGCGCUCUAUGGGCUCAAGCUAGCCCCAGACAAUGGUUCAAUCACUUACAGCACACUCUUCAUCAGCUUGGGUUUGAUAACAGUGUUUGUAAUACAUCCUUGUUUAUUUACAAGAAAGACUUUGAAGGUGCAUCAUCAUCAUUGGCAAUUCUGUUUCUCUUGUUCAGCAUGUUACGUCCAUCCUUAAUGCCACAUUUUCUUUAAAACAUCUUGGUCAACUGGACUAUUUUCUUGGCCUGAAAAUCAAGCAUUUAUCUGACAACUCAAUUGCGAUGACUCAGACCAAAUACUUUCAUGAUUUGCUUCAUAAAACUCAUCUGGCAGAUGCUCACACUAUCUCUACUCCCAUGGUCUCUAACUGUAAAUUGUCUAAGGGGCACUUUGUUCUGUUCGCUGCAUUUUCAGCCAGCAGCUUUUAAUUGUUCUGUACCCCUGCUCGCUCCAGAACAGAAGCUAAAUAAGAAGUUUACCCAAACUUCUGCUGAGUUGUCAUUGAUUUCUAAGUUACUCAUUGGACUUCAAAUUCCAUUCAAUUCUCUUGUUCUUUACUGUGACAAUCAAAGUGCAGUCUCCCUUCCACAUAACCCAGUUUUUCACAACAGGACCAACCAAAGAAAUGGAAAUUGAUGUGUUCUUUGUUCGUGAGAAGACUUUGUUGAAGCAGCUGCAAGUCUCUCAUGUUCCAGCACUUGAUCAGUGGGCAUAUGCCCUGACAAAGCCUCUCUCUUCCUCUCGGUUCAUUUUUCUACGUUCCAAACUCAAUGUGAAGACUUUUUCUUCUGAAAAAUCUUCUCCUUGAGUUUGAGGUGGCUGUUAGUAUAUGUUAGUAUGAUUUUAUUAGUUAAUCAGGGUCAAGUAUUAUGUACAACUGUCUUUUCUUUUGUCUUCAUAAAUACAAACACUGUACAGAAUGUUAAGUGAGUUUUUCAAUUCUAUCAAUCAAUAGUUUGUUCUAUUCAUUUUCUCUCUGCUCUCUCAUUCGUAAAUCUAAUAAUUUUUAGUUCCAGCAAAUGAUAGCUAAAAUGUCUUAACAUGUAGUAUUAUAUGAAAUAGGUAAACUCUUCUUUUGUCUUUUUUAAUCAGUUUAGCUCUCAUUGCUUGAGUUAAUUCAAAAUUCAGCUAGUGUUUUAUUAGAAUUGAGAACAAAUUAUACCUAACUAAGCCGCAAAAGCUAAUAUAGGAUCUUAACACGUCUACUCACUCAAAGUGGACAUUUGAACCGAGUUUGGGAAGGCUUUGAUAAUUGAUACCAUAUUAAAAUUGAGAUUGGACUAGCCUAAAUUAACUUAAAAACCUAGUUCUAAGGCGGAGGAUUUCCCAAUUUAUUAUAAGGAGUGUUUUCACCAUAUGCCAAGAUCUUAAUAAGUGUCUGAUUUCUCUGUAUUUGGUAUUACACUAAUAAUUGUUAUUAACUAUAUUUUUAUUUUUUAAUGUCGAUUUUAACAUUUGUCUCCUAAAGUU